AUGUAUUGGUUGCUAUUUCUUCACAAUUUCUGGCUAUUAUUUUAUUCAAACAAAUGUACACGAGGGGUAAGCGGUAGCGUAUGCGGUGACAACGGUGUUACCUACGACGAUGCGUGCGAUGUUGAUGAUGACGACGAUGACACGAAUGGAAAUGGAGGGGUACAGGUUGCACACUCAGGACCAUGCGGAGGAGGAAGUCAAUCUCCUGCAGCUCCCCGUGCUCCUGCACCGCAAGCUCCAGUGGUACCAUAUGCUCCCGCUGUUCCUCGUGCUCCUCCUGCAAGUGCUCCCAGUGCUCCAUAUGCUCCUGCUGCUCCUUAUGCUCCUCCUGCAUCUGCUCCAAGUGCUCCAUAUGCUCCCGCUGCUCCUUAUGCUCCUCCUGCAUCUGCUCCAAGUGCUCCACAUGCACCUGCUGCUCCUUAUGCUCCAGGAGGCGGUGCUAAUGGUGAUACCAGCGGAGAGACCGGCUAUGAACAGUCGCCUUCUGUUGGAUAUGCUCCUGCGGCUCCUGCUGUUGGCUAUGCUCCUGCGGCUCCUGCUGUAGGGUAUGCUCCUGCGGCUCCCGCUGUUGGUUAUGCUCCUUCUGUUGGUUAUGCUCCUGCUGUUGGUUAUGCUCCUGCUGUUGGUUAUGCUCCAGCUGGUACUGAUGUCGGCUAUGCUCCAGCGUCAGGCGAUUCUGGCUAUGAUUACGUUUACGAAGAUGACAGCGACAGCAGUGAAGAAGGAUACGGCUAUGAGUAUUAUGGUUACGAAGCAAUCCCCGCAGGUCCUGUUGGCUUUGCCCCAGCUCCAGCAGCCCCUGCGUUCGCUCCAUCAGGUUCAGGAUAUGCACCAGGUGGACAAGCAUACGCUCCAGUUGGGGGUGGGGCCAAUGGAUGUGGUGGAUCUGGUAGUGGAGAAGGAUGUGACGGCGGCAUUGACACAGGUGCAGCAGGUCCCAUUGGCUUCGCGCCAGCUCCAGCUGCCCCUGCUUUUGCUCCAUCUGGUCAAGGGUACGCACCAGCUGCACCUGCCUACGCCCCAGUUCAAGAGGGAGGUGCGGGUGCAUGCGAAGAUUCUGGUAGCGGUGAAGGAUGUGAUGGUGAUGAAUCAGAUGACGAGGAUAGCGGAAGUGAGGAAGGAAGUGACUCUGUUGCUACUGGUGGUGUUGCCGCUCCAGGAGGGGCUGCUGCUCCUGCUCCUGGAGCUCCUCGUGCUCCAGGACUCCCAUUUGCCCCUCAAGCUCGUGCACCUGUUCAAGUACCACGCGCUCCAAGUGCCCCAGUGAGGCCUUAUGCUCCUGCUCCUCAGGCUCCAAGUGCCCCAGUGAGGCCCUAUGCUCCUGCUCCUCAAGCUCCAUCUGGACCUGUUGGUAAAGAUGAUUCUUCCGAGAAACAAGGUGAAACUGGUUACCAGGCCCCAGUGGCUCCAAGGGCUCCUUCCCCCGCUGCUCCAUCUGCACCAAGGGCACCCGCUCCUCCUGCUCCACCAGCUGCACCUGCUGCACCUGCUGCACCUGCUGCUCCAGCACCAAAAGCUCCUUCUGGAGGUUGUACAGCCAGUGAUGCUGGAUGCAACGGUGGUAGUGGUGGUGGUGGUGGUGACAAUGGAGCAAAUGACUGCAAUGACUCUGGCUGUAAAGAUGAUGACGAUGACAACGUUGCAGCUCUUCAUGAGGUGAUCGGGUCUCCAUAAAGCACUUGAUCUUCGAAGCAAUCACAUUUCGUCUGCGUAAAUUCUACGGUGACAUUCUGGACCCGAUUUGAAACUCUCGUGGCAAAAGUGUAAUGACAACAAAUCUGCAUUAUUUGACGACGCGUGCUGAGUUAAUGAAACUCGGGUGUAAUCUAAAUGAAUGAAAAGUCUUAUAGACCGAUAUUAUGUCAUAUUUAUUACUUAUUUAAUUAUUUAUUCCAAAUAAUUUUUUCAUAUUUAUAUUCAUAUUUCCUACUGGAAUGUUGAAGUUUUUGGUAAGCAAGUUUUAAUAUAAUAUUUCAACAUUACUAUUUAUUACCUAACUAAAACGUAUAUUACAAAAUAUCAUUUGUUCUCAAAAUCACUUUCAAUGAUAUCGUCUGUGGAUUUGAAAUCUAUAUGUUGAUCGUAAUAUAUCAAUACAUGUCAUUGUUCAUUUAAUCAAUCAAUUCUGGUUUCCUUAGAACCCUUUGACUGCAAAGUCACAAUUCAUAUACUGUUC